AAUCAACAAAAAGCGUGUUCAACGGCAACAAAAACAACAACAACAAUGAAGUAUACGAUUUACAUAUAAAAAGAGCAAGCUCCUCCUCCCACCCGCUUCUCACACAUGCGUGCCCAUGCAUAUGAAUUAAUUAAUGAAAGAAAAUAUACAGUAAUACAAAUGUUUAUAUAAACAUUUCUAGCAAAUUACUUAACCAUUUUUGUAUAUAAAAAACACCCGACACGGAAGUCAAAACGACCGCUUUAUAGACGAUUUACAACACCACGAAGUCGCCUCAACUGGAAUUGUUUAUACUUCUAUAGUAUAUCAUUUUAAUACCACACGCUGCUAAAUUAUAAGCUAUUCUAAAGCAACUGCGCAGUCGCAGCGCAGCGCCUGGGCGCCAGGCGCAGAGCACCAGCAACAACAGCAGUAACAAAAAAAAGAGCAACAGCUGCCCACACACUUUCACUGCUCCCCUCCUCCCCCGCGUUGAUCUCCACUUGCGGCGCCAUGACUGAGAAUCAGCUAUACCCCAUGUCAUCGGAAUUCUUUGACAGCGGCUCAAACAGCAGCAGCAAUCCAUUGAAAUACGAACUGUAUGCGCUGGCCACGCCCACGCUGAGCAUACAAACGGGCAGCUAUAUCGGUGGCAAUAGUAACAACAGCAACAGUAACACCAACACCAACAACAACAACAACAAUCACAACAAUUCGAGUGCCAUUACGAGCAGCAGCAGCGGCAGCAGCUACACAUCGAAUGUGAUGCUGAGCACAACUGCAAUUAGCAUACCGCGCAGCAAUAAUCCCAAUCAGAGCCAUCAUCAUAGUCACCAUCACCAUCAUCCGUAUCAGCAGCUGAGCGGUACGCCGACCUUGACGCCAACGCCGCGCCAGCAGCAACAUCAUUUGCACAGUUUGCCCAGCAUGGCGCAACAGCAACAGUUGCAGCAGCAGCAGCAACAGCAGCAACAGCAGCAGCAGCAACAGCAGCAGCAGCAACAACAGCAGCAACAGCAACCGCUGCAACUAGGCGAACUCUCAGACUUUGGACUGGAUGCACUGGAUGCUGCCUCAUUGUCGCCGACGCUGCUGCAGGACGUUAGCCUGGGCGCUGCCUCGCCGCUCAGCUCUACGCUCUACAGCAGCGGCGGCAACGAUACAAGCGGUCACAAUGCUGGCAGCAAUAGCCGUGGCGGCGCCGGCAACAGCAACUAUUUUACGCCCGAUCUGAGCUCCUGUCUCAGCCUGAAUAUGCCAUCGGAGCAAUCGCUGCUGCAGGAUGUGGUCAGCGGCAGUUCAUCGCUGUACGAGAUGACGCCCAAUUCGAAUGCCAUGUGGAGCGACAUCAGCAGCGCCAUUGUCCAUACAAAACACGAGCCAUUUAAUCUAGAUGAUGAUUAUAUCUUUCCCAACGACAAGGCCGAAAUGCAAGCUGCCGAGCUGGCCGAUUUGAAUGGAGGUGACUUUUUGGAUGUGAUGAGCACCAUUGAGGAUUUGCUGCCCGCACAGAAUGUUAACUUUCUGCUGUCACCGCAAUCGCAAACACCCGAUGCGCUCGUGGGCCCACCUCUGGAGCUGUUGCAGCAGCAGCAGCAACAGCAGCAGCAGUUGCAAACGCUGCUAUCGCAGGGUCAACAAACACAACAACAACAACUGCAACAACAACAAGCGGACACAUUUGAGCUGUACCAUAGCACACCUCAGAAGCCGCCAUCUCAAUUGGGCUCUAGUUUCUCGCCGGGCAGCCAGGCAUCGCAGUCGCCGCUGACGCCACCGCCGCAUGCCAGCCGCUCACAAUAUCAGCUGGUCAAGUCGCGCAACAUGCAGGAGCUGCUAAAGAAGGGCAUGGCCAUGUCCUCGCCCCCUGACCGCCAUUCACUGCUCAGUCAAACGGCUGCGCUCAGUCCUGGCGGCAGCAGCAGCGGCUUUGGCAGCGCCGCCAGCGGCAACAGCACCACAAUUGCCACGACAAAUGCCAAUCAGAGCCCCGGUCAGGUGGUCAUAACCGAGGCGCCGCCGGGCGGCGUACGCAAAUCGGUUGGCUAUCAGACGGGAGCCAUCGAGAGCUCACAGCUGUCGCGUCUAUCGUCGUCGGCGCCAACGCAUUUGGGGCUGGAGCACAUCUGGAUGCGACGUGAGCCGCGACAGCAUUUACUAUCAACCGGCUCGCUGGCCGAGGCCGAGAGCUUCUCCUCGCUUAGCACCGGCAGCGUUUUAUCGCCCGAUGGCAUCGACUUCUCCCAGGAUGACGAGGACGAUGCAUCCAGCGAGAAUAGCGACAACUACGACGACUUCAGCAGCGACAAUUGCGGCUCUGGGGAUGAGGAUGAGACACGCACGUCGACACCGAAUCAGCUUAGCAGCAGCAAGGGAAAGGAGCGUUUCUUUUGGCAGUACAAUGUACAGGCCAAGGGGCCGAAGGGCAAGCGGCUCGUCUUCCAGUCCAAGCUAGAGGAUCCCCAUGUGCUCAACGAGGUCACAGAUCCCGUGUUUAGUCCCACCUGCUCCGUGCGCGGCAUUAAAGUGUAUAAGCACAGUGGCAAGGCUCGCAAGGGGGAUGGCAACGAUUUGACGCCAAAUGCGCGCAAGCUGCAUAAUAUUGGCAAGGAACUGGACAAGCUGAGUCGCACCAUCAACGAUAUGACACCCGUGUCGGAGCUUCCGUUCAAUGUGCGUCCCAAGUCGCGCAAGGAGAAGAACAAAUUGGCCUCUCGCGCCUGCCGUCUGAAGAAGAAGGCCCAGCAUGAGGCUAAUAAGAUCAAACUCUAUGGGUUGGAAAUUGAGCACAAGCGUCUGAUCAAUGGCAUUGCCGAGCUGAAACAGGCGCUGGCAUUGAAGCAUCGCACAAAGAGUCAGGGCGAGUCGACCGACGAAGUGGACCAGCAAAUACAACACAUUUAUGCAACGGCUACAUCGGGCAUACGCAUUGCGGGCGGCUCUACAGACUUUGUGAAUAAAGUCUUGGAAAAUAUGCGCGGCGGCAUGCCCAACGGUGGGCUCGAGGAUCUGCGUAAAUCAUAGACCAAAAAAUCCAAAGCAUAAACGAACCGCCCAUCAAGUUUAGACUUAAGCAUUGACUAGCAUGUAGCCACAGCCCCCGCCAACUAGAUCCCCAGCCCAGCCAUCCACACCGCUGAGAAUGUAACCCAGAAACUAGGCUAACCAAACAUCAAUUUUCAAAAAAUUUUCUGCUUGAGUGCGUGAUAAUACGUGAAUGAUAACAGGAUAAGAGCGAAAGUGAGAAAUAGUUGUAACUGUGAUUUAAGAGCCUGGCUUUGCGUGCAACAGAUAAGUGCAACCUGUGCAACAAGCUAUUUGGCCAGCGCAAAAAUUAAAGAGAAAAGAAUUCCCUGAGGUAAAUGUAAAAGAAAUAAAAAAAAAAACGAAACAAACUGUAAAGAAAGAGGCAACCACUAACACAAAAACACUACGAAAUUUUGUUUAGUUUUUAAGAAAAAGAACGAAAGAAAAAAUUAUGGAGGUAAUGCUAAGAAAAUGAGUCUAGGAAUUAGCUACCAGUUUUACCUGCUUACGACAUAAGUUUUUGAUUUUGUUAAAACAUUUGAAUUGCGAGACAAAUUUACGCUACGCGCUAACUAAACAAGCACUUACAUAUUAUAUUAUAUAUAUAUAUAUAUAUAAAACUAUAUAUAUACAACUGCGAUUUAUUUGUUUAAGUUUUGAUGCUAUAUAAAACAAGAUGUAUAAGUUGGUUCAAUGUCUAGCUUUAAGUUUUUUCUAUAUCUAUUCGCUAAAAUGGAGAGCUUUUACUUUUUUUAUUAAUAGUUAUAUUCAUAUAUAUAUAUAUAUAUAUAUACAAAACAAUUAUGUUCACUAUGUUUGUUGGCCCCACCCGCCCCCACAUACAUUUUUAUUGGUCCUAGGUUGUCAGUCUUUAAGUUUUUGUUUGAUCCUAAGUUAAACUGAAAAUAAUUUUGCUUUAUUGAAUUCGACUGCAUUUUUGCUGUUAAAUUUGAUGCAUCUUUUAAUUACUUUUACUGUACAUCUAUCUAUAUAGAUCUAAUAUAUACAUAUAUACAUACAUAUAUGCGUGGUGAUAUAAUUUUAAUUUUUCUUUAUAUGCUUCGAUUUUGUUCAGGUAAAACCUUUGGCUAAUAAAAUGCUGAUCAGGUUUUACGUACUAUAUACGUUUAAGUUUUAUAUAAAUUAAACCAUAUUAUUUACGUUUCGCAUAUUAAUUACCUUCAAUAUAAUAACCUAAUUUAUUACUUAAGGCAAAACAAACAAUUGCAAAACUUAAAUUACAUUCAUUUUUUAAAUUUAGUUGCGGGUCGCUCUUUGAAGUGCAUACGAAUUAAGUUUCAAAUACAAAAACACCAAAAAAACCUAAAAACAA